AUGUCAUCACCACCAUCGGAGCCGCUUUCUUCUUUUGGAACACCAAACUUUCCCUUUCAGGUCAACUCGCAAGGUACGAGUGGUGAGUCAAGGAUGCCAGGAUAUAAUUUUUUCAGGCAAGCUACAUGUGAUUUUUCGCAACUAAUUGGCAAGGGCCAACUUGGGAAAGUUUACAAGGCACAUCUUCCAACCGGAGAAGUGGUCGCUGUGAAGCUGCUCUAUCAGAUGACAGGGUUUGACGACAAGAGAUUCUCGAAUAAUUGUACACAACUUAUGAGCACCAACCACAAGAAUAUUGUGAGAUUAUUGGGCUAUUCAUAUGAAGAACAUGAAGAAUCACAUGUGCACUAUGGGACAGCCAUAUGUGGUGUAUACAUACGCAGGUUAAUCGGCUUCGAGUAUGUGCCUGGUGGAAAUCUUUCCAAUUUUAUUUCAGAUCAACGUCUUGGAUGGAGUAUACGCUUCAAAAUAAUAAAGGGGGUCUGCGAGGGUUUACAAUACCUUCAUGAAGCUGGCAUUGUGCACUCUAAUCUCACCCCAGGUAAUAUUUUGCUAGAUGGUGAGAAGAUACCAAAAAUCACAGAUUUCGGUUUAUCUCGGAUGUUCAAGCCAGUAAACAAGAGAGCCACAAUGAGUAAAACUAUUUCUUAUGGAUGGUGGGGUAUGAUACGUGAAGGAGUGGUGUCAAAAAGGUCUGACAUAUUUAGCUUGGGUGCUCUAAUUAAAGUUAUAUUGACUGGAAGUACGGAAGAAUCGGACAUUAAUUGCAUGGACGGUCCUGAAUGUGUUGAGCAUGUACACAAAUACUGGAGGAAACGGCUACAAGAGAUAAGGAGAUAUCCCUCAUUUGAAGCAGAUUGCAAACAAGUGAGGGCUUGUAUCGAAAUCGCAGUAGACUGCAUGCACAAUGACCAACAGCAAAGGCCUCUGAUUAACAAUAUCGUUCGUAAACUAUAUGAAGUAGAAGCUAAGGGAGAUUACCCACCAUCACAGAUGGGACAGGGCAUUCAUGGUUUUGAAGUAAGGAAAAUGUCAUUAAAAGAGUUGGAACAGAUCACGAGUAAUUUCUCUGAAAAACUUGGUCAUGAUGACUUCGGUGCUGUUUAUAAGGGAAGGAUUGGAGGUGGGGAAGUGAUAGCUGUGAAGAGAUUCGAUGAGAGAUUAAGAAAACUAGAGGAUCAAUUUGAGAGAGUGGUAAAUCUUAUGAGGCUCAAGCACAAAAAUAUAGUACGACUGAUGGGCUACUGCUACGAGCCAACACAAGUACCAGUUCCUGAUGAAAAGAAUCCAGAAAAGACAAUGUGGUGGAAUAUUAUAGAGAAUUUGGUUUGCUAUGAGUUUUUGCCAAACGGAAGUCUGGACAUGAUAUUAAAUGACAAAUCUUGCAAACUCGAUUGGCAAGCUCGUCAUAAAAUAAUACAUGGCAUUUGUGAGGGGUUACAUCACCUUCACGUGGAAUGCCAAGAUGCGCCCAUUGUCCAUCAGGGUAUAAAACCUACCAAUAUUUUGUUAGAUGAUGGCAUGGUUCCAAAGCUAGGGGAUUUCUACACUUCAAUGGCUGUCACGCCAAGAUGUUACAUAGCACCAGAGUCCAUGGACAACGGUAAAAUUACACUCAAGUCGAAUGUAUACAGUCUGGGUGUUAUGAUACUAGAGAUCUCGACCAGAGAUAAGUGUCGUAAUGAAGAAUCCUCAAGCCGGUCUUAUAUCAAUAAUGUGCUAAAAAGUCGGACGCAAAAUUCCUACGUUGCAUCAAAGUACCCUUCACUUGAAGCGGGUUUCAUCCAACAAGUGGAGAGUUGGAUUAUAAUAGGGCUAAAAUGUGUGGAGAUCCAACCUGAAAGUAGGCCUACUAUAGGGCAAAUAAUGCAUUUUCUUAACACGGAGUCUUCCAAUGCCGAGGUACUACCGUCAGAUUUUACUAAUUCUCUUAAUUUUAAAAAUUUGCAUCUCAUAAUUCCCAAGUCAAGUAGUCAGCAUAUUAAUCAAUUAAUGGCAGGAACAUCUGUAAUCUGA